AUGAAGUUCUCUUCCGUUGCUGCAUUGGCGAUGGCCGUCACGAUCGUUGGGGCCCUUCCAGGUCAAUGGGGCGAAGAAGAUCCCGAGAACAACGGCCCUCCUGGUUUGGAACUGCCGAAUUUUGGGAGCUUCGGACUUGAGCAUGAGGGUCAUAAGGGCAAAGAUGAUGGCCUCUCACUCCUGAACGACCACGGAGAAGGUAUCGCCCUUGGUCCUGGCGCUGAAGAGACAGCACGAAAGAACCAUGAGGGCGGAGACGAACAUGAAAAGCCCGGCCAUGGUGGGCAUGAUGGGGGGCAUGAUUGGCCCAUGGGUCCACCGCCAUGUGAAGGAGAUGAUUGCGAACCACCAUGUGUAGGCUGCGGUCCACCACCACCAUGCGAGGGAUCAAAUUGCCCAACUUGCCCAGGUUGUCCACCACCAUGUAUAGGGGACGACUGCCCACCACACCCACCUCCUUCUCCUCCAUGUGAAGGACCAGACGGUGGAGCGAUUAUCGAAAACACUCGCGUCUUCAGCCCAGAUGACAACACUCGAUCCCAUAGUCCUGACAACGGAAACGGCAAUGGAAAUGGCAAUGGCAACGGGAACGGCGCGGAGAUAAUGCCACUCAAGCCAACGACCAAACGACCAGACGAACAAGCAAAUCCAGAGCAACUCCCAGACCCAAAUUGCUAGCCCCAAUAUCAACAUCAGCAACAUCAACAACAUUGGUCCCAUCACCGGCCCUGGAUCGAACGUUUCUUGGACUCCGGAUUAUGUUCAUCACUAUGUUGAGGUUGUCAAGGAGUUGACGACUGUCUGUGGGGAGGCGACUACCAUCCACCAGAAUGGAAAGGAGUACCCAGGAACCAAGGGUGAGACAAUCACCAUUGUCGAUUGCCCAUGUACCGUCACCAAGGUAAUUCCAUCCCCUAACCCUCUCCGUCAACAUGAAAUACUAAUCAAUCCAACAGACCGAGCCAAAGAAACAAACCGCUACACCAGUAACCUCAUACGUAACCGAAUGCGCCGACGCACAACCCACGCAAGCCCCCGAGCCCCCAUGCCACGAAUGCGACAAGCACAAGGAGGAACCAGUCGCCCCUUCGACACCAGAAACUCCAGAUACCCCAUCUGCGCCUGUGUCACCACCGGCCAACAGCCCUGCAGCUCCCCCAGCUGCGAAGAGCCCCAUGACACCAGCGCAGACUACCGGUGCCGCAGCAGCCGAGUUCACGGGCGCCGCGUCAGUCAAGAGUGUAGGAAAGCUUGUUGGUGCGAUGGCGGGAUUGACUUUCUUGCCAUAA